CAACCCUGAAAAUUGAUCACAUUUUAGUGUGACAUGGUAUUGGCAAUACUGUUGGAUAUUCGAAACCUCAUGGUAGAUCACGUAGUUACUAGAACAAAGAAAACCUACUGAAUUUUCAAAAUUUCCGGAUUUUGCCCAAUUGAAGGCGAGAAAUGGCUACCAGAUUACCUUUGGUGGUCAUUUUGGGGGCGACGGGCACCGGGAAGACCAAACUAUCCCUCGAAAUAGCACAGAAAUUUGGUGGAGAAAUUAUAAGUGCGGAUUCCAUGCAGGUGUACAAAGGCCUUGAUAUAAUCACUGCAAAAGCAACAAAGGAGGAACAGUCUCAAGCUCCACAUCAUUUGUUAGAUAUUAUAGAGCCGCACGAAUGUUGCACCAUUUUAGAAUACAGAAAUAAAGCUCUUCAAAUUAUAGACGAUAUCUUUAACAGAAAUAAAAUUCCAAUAGUUGUUGGCGGUACAAAUUACUAUAUAGAGAGUUUGCUGUGGAAAAUUCUCAUAGACACUCCAGAUAAAACUGUGUCAAACCAACCAGGCAUUUUGCCUAAUAACGAACACGAAUUACCAAGUGAGGAGUUGCAUAAAAAAUUACAAUGUUUGGAUCCAGCCAUGGCCAAACGACUACACCCCAACAACAAACGUAAAAUUCUAAGGUCAUUGGAGGUGUUAUAUCAAAAAGGGAAAAGACACAGCGAGUUGUUGGAGGAGCAACGUUCGUCCGAAGGCGGUUCGUUGUACGGAGGUGGUCUAAGGUACGAUAACGCUCUAAUACUUUGGAUGAUAUGCAAGAAGGAUGCGUUGAACAAACGGCUAGAUGAUCGCGUCGACAAGAUGAUCGAAGAGGGUCUGCUGGACGAACUGACUCGGUUCCACGAAAAAUAUAAUGAGAAACACCGUAAUAGUAGUGAGAGUGACUACACAAAAGGGAUAUUCCAGUCAAUUGGUUUUAAGGAGUUUGAUGCGUUUCUGAAAUUAAACGAGGAAGAAAGAAGAUCUGAAAAUGGGCAGAAGCUAUUCAAUGAGGGCGUGGAAUAUUUGAAGUUGGUGACAAGAAGAUAUGCCAGGAAGCAGAACAGAUGGACAUUAAAUAGGUUUUUGGGCAGAACUGACAGAAAGGUGCCACCGCUUUACGCGUUGGACACGACGGACGUCUCGAACUGGAACAUCAACGUGACGGUGCCGGCGUUUAAACUAGUGCAAAGUUUCUUGGAUAAUGUUGAGUGCGACAUAAAACCGUUAGCGAAAAUGUCUUCAAACUCGAAACCGAACGCGGAAGACGUCAGUUAUAACUGUGAGGUGUGUGACAGAGUGUUUGUGGGCCAGUUUCAGUGGCAAGUGCACCUCAAGUCCAACAAGCACAAGAAAAGACUGGAACACAGAAACAAGGAAGAGAAGAAAUUGUCUUGAGACACUUCAAUUGUGAAAACGGAAGCAGGAACAUUCUGAACCGGCGUGACUGGUGAUUCAGCCGACUACAACGAGUCUUCGAGGCGCUAUAUCAAUUUGCAAGAAAUACAUGUGUGACAUGAUAACAUUAUCAUAGUCCAGUCAUUAUAGGAAAACGAGAUAUCCAGCUAUAAACUCGUAUAAACUUAUAUUUUGACAUGUCAAAACUUGUCCCAAAAUUUACACGUGAUAGGAUGGUCACAUCUUAAAAAGUCACAAAAAUCGAUUUUUUGCACAAUUUUUGUAAAUAUCUCGUUUUCUAUGAGUUUUACGCUACUUGUAUUUAUUAUCAAUAUUUUAGAGAAUUAAAUUCUCUACAACUUUUGUUCUAAACAUUUUUUCAUACGUCGAACCCUUGUAGAGAUAGAGGGCAGAGAGGGCGCGCCUACAAUAUUAUUUGAAGUCUACUGAUAAUCCUAAUCGAAAAUAUUUGGAAUGUCAAAAUAUAACUUUAUAAGAGUAUUCACCUAAUUUUGACUAAGAUGACUUUACUAAUCAGGAAUUUAUUAAAAAAAAACAUGAUGCAAGAUGUUGCAUUGGUUCUUCACGAUAAAAUAAUUUAAUAAAAUUUUUGGUUGUUUUAAUUUUUGACCCAACGAAAAAAAAAAACAGAUUAAUUAUGCAAUAGAUUAGCAUCUUUCCAAUGUUAAUUUAAUCGUAAAUCAUUAUUGAAAGAUAGCGUUUGCGGAAAAAAUCCCGCUAAUUGAUGUCGAGUACUUUUUUGAGACGUUCACUUUUGCUCUGGG